AGAGCACAGUGCUUCCAUCAGCUGCUGAGGCUGGAAUUCAGGGAAUGUUUUAGCUGCUCCCGGCUUUGCUCCUCGUGCCAGCCUGGUGUGGGCACAGGCAGGGGCUGGGAAAACUGAAAAUGUGCUUUCAAGAAAGACCACGAUGUCACCUGAGCUGGCUCAGCGAGGAGCCAACCCCUUCCCCUGAGCUGGGCUUCCAUUGUUUGCCACCAGCUGCUCCGCAGCAUCUCCAUCCUCACUGGCUGUCCUCCUGCAGCCUGUCCCCGUGCCUCUCUCAGAGGGCAGGAGGCAGCUCAGACACGUUUUCCUCCCUCCUGAGCAGCGCUGGACUCCCUCCCAGGCCCCUUGAAGAGGAAGGAAGCUGCAGGUGGAGGCUGCCGUGGCCUGCAUGACCAACAUCCAGCACUGUGGUUUGGCAUCUUGUAGUGACUUGUGCUCCUUCCCUGCUCACAGGGGCAGGGAAUUUCUGUCCCAUUCCUUUCCUGAGCUGUGCCUGCUCUGUUUCCUCAUGGAAAACAUGGGAAAAAAAACAUGGAAAGCAUGGGGAAGCAGCCAGGCCUCAAAGCAGAGCAGCUGCCUCCUGCCAGAAGUUUGGAAUUUCUUUCUGUGGUGCCAGUUAUCAGCUGGCUAAACUAGGACACUCUCAGGUAGCAUUCCCUCCUCUUCCUUGAUGAUUAAAUCAAACACAAAAAGCUGUUUUGGAGAGGAUCUAAAAAUCCCGGUGGGCCUGGGGCAGGUCAGCUGCAGGAGGGUUGAAACCUGCCUUGGUUCUCCUUAGCCGAGAUUCUCUGCGUAACCUCUCCGGUUGCAACACCCGGCCGCCUUUGCUGAGCUGGAUCCCAGCCUCGGGCAGAGGCUGACACGCUCAAAGCCCGGCUUUGUCAGCGAUGAACGCGUCUCUCCGCGCUGGGUGCCGCGGCAGCAGCGUGUGGAGCAGCACAGGGAGGAUCCCAGCCUGUGUGUGGGGCAGGGCAGGGAUUUCUCCACGCAGGAAUGUGGCCCUGCCAGCCAGCCCUGCCCGUGGGCUCGGCUCCCCCCGGGAAUAUCGAGCUGGUGGAUCGCUGGAAUGGCGCCUGAGGAUCGCCCCGGCCGCUGCUCCCGUGCCCCGCAGGAAAUAGACAGACGGUUGGAAAAGAAGCUGAAGAUCACACAGAAGGAAAGCAGCAGAAAGUCCAAAUCUCCUCCCAAAGUGCCGAUUGUGAUCCAGGACGACAGCCUUCCCGCGGGGCCCCCGCCCCAGAUCCGCAUCCUCAAGCGUCCCACGAGCAACGGCGUCCUCAGCAACCCCAACUCGGCCAGCCGCCCCGCCUUCCCCGUCAAAUCGCUGGCGCAGCGCGAGGCCGAGUACGCCGAGGCCAGGAAACGCAUCCUGGGCAGCGCCAGCCCCGAGGAGGAGCAGGAGAAGCCCAUCCUGGACAGACCCCCGCGGAUCUCGCAGCCUGAGGACACCAGGCAGCCCAACAACGUGAUCCGGCAGCCGCUGGGCCCCGAUGGCUCGCAGGGCUUCAAGCAGCGCAGAUAGAGGCGGAGGCGCCGUUCCGCCGGCACGGACACACGGACCCGGGCCAGGGCACGUCCCGGGGUGAUUUGCACUGUGACCCUUUUUUGCUCUGCCCACUGUGACCUUGAGCCCCACGCACUGUGAGCUCCCCUCUGCACCCACUGUGAGCGGCGAUCCCGGCAGGGCUGUCCCAGGGGGCCGCAGGGGCCGUGCCGGACCUGGCCGGGCGCGGGGAGUCGUGUGUGUCCCGCUCGGGUCGGAGCGAGCGCCAGCAAUAACGUUUGUUGUACUCCAAACCUGGCAUUUAAGGAUAAAAAAAAAAAAAAA